UACCUGAAAUCUUUCAGCGACUCUUAUUGGUUCUGCUGUUUAAUUAAGACGUAUUUUUAAAUAUCUCAUUGAAUGUUCUUAUUGUGUAAGUGUGAGAGAGAUCAGGAAGAACAGAAGGACCAGAGGAAUUUUACUACAAUGAAACGAAUAUUGAUCCUGAUGCUGCUCGCGCUCGGGCUGUCCUGCGUGCGUGCGCACAGAGUGAAUAAGCACAAGCCAUGGAUCGAGAGCUCAUACCAUGGCAUCAUCACAGAAAACACAGAUGCGGUUCUGUUGGAUCCUCCUUUAGUGGCUCUGGACAAAGACGCUCCAGUUCCGUAUGCUGGUGAAAUCUGUGGCUUUCACGUGCAGGGGCUCAGCGCUCCGUUCGAGGCUGUGGUUCUGAACCGCACGUCAGGAGAGGGCCGUCUGCGGGCGCGUGGACCGAUCGACUGCGAGCGACAGAGAGAGUUCACCUUCAUCAUUCAAGCUCACGACUGUGGCACGGGACCGGAGGGACACGCAGAGAGGAGAUCACACAAGGCUGUGGUGCAUGUGCAGGUGGGAGAUGUGAACGAGUUUUCCCCCGUGUUCGGUCAGUUGGAGUAUCACGGCUCGGUGACGGAGGGGAAAGUGUAUGACAGUAUUCUGCAGGUGCAGGCGUCAGACCAGGACUGCUCUCCACAAUACAGCCAGAUCUGCAACUACCAGAUCACCUCUCAGGACACAGCCUUCGCUAUAGACCGCAACGGUCACAUCAGGAACACAGAGAGCCUGAGCUUUGAUAAGAAGUCACAUUAUAAAAUCCGUGUAACGGCGUUCGACUGUGGUCAGAAGAGAGCGGCGCAGGACGCUGCCGUACACAUCCACGUCAAGCCCAUCUGCAAGCCUGGAUGGCAGGGCUGGAGCAAGCUCAUUGACUAUGAACCAGGAAUGGGCAGUAAGCUGUUAUUUCCCAAGAUGCACCUAGAGACAUGUGCGGGAUCGGUGUCGUGGAUCAGGACCACAGUGGAGCUGGAGACGAGCGGUGCUGGGAGAGGCUGUGACAGACAGUCUUACUCUGAACGAUCCUUACAGAAGCUCUGCGGUAUGAUUAACUGCUAUUUAUUCCAUUGCACGCUUCCUCAUUUCUCUUGG